UGCCGCGGCGCGGGUUUCGGGGCGGGCGGGCGCCAUGAGGAGCCGCGCGGAGGUGGACGCUACGCUGCAGACGGCGAAGCUGAACCCGGCGGAGCUGCUGCCCGUCGUUCACUGCCUCAGCUUCGGCCCGCGGGCCGGUGCCGGCGAGUGCUGCCUCCUGCAGCUGGAGCCCGCGCUCUGCGCCGAGCUGGAGGCGGGGCGCAGCCUAGUAAUCCGUGGUGAAAAGGAUGAACAAGUAGUGUUGUGCAGCAAAGAUAAAACUUAUGAGAUGAAAAUAGCAGACACUUCAAAUAUGCUGCUGUUUAUUCCUGAUUGCAAAACUCCAGAACAGCUGAAUGCAGAUCAAGCAUCUUGUAAUAUUAUUCAUUCAGAGAUUGCUGGCUUCUCCAAUAACUAUUGGGAGUUAAGGAGAUGUCGGCCUAAACUGAAGAAACUGAGGAAGCUUUUAAUGGAAGAUCCAUAUGAAGGGCCAGAUAGUCAGAAAGAUCAGACUUCGACAUUUUCAAAGUAUACUACAGAAGAUUUGUUAAGUCUAAUUCAAGCAAGUGAAGAAGAAAUACUGCACCACUUGCAGUAUAUAGAUGCCUGCAAAAUAGAAGGCUAUUGGAGAAUUCUAGAAUUUGAUUACCAGAUUAAACUCUUGAAUCAUGUGAUUCAGCUAAUAGACUCAGAGUCCUGGUCUUUGAGUAAGGUUUCUUUAUGUACCUGCCUUGAGGAACUUGGACCUCUAGAACCCAAAGAGAUGAUCGAACAUAUCCUUUUAAGCUAUGGAAGGAAGUAUAUCGAAGAAGGGGAAGUUUACUUUGAAAUGCGUGAAGAUAAAAUAUGCAGAGCUUUAGGACAAAUGCUUUUGCAAAAUGCAGUUAAAUUCAAUCUAUCAGAUUUUCAAGAAGUCUGGCAACAAAGUGUCCCUGAAGGGAUGACAACAAGGCUUGAUCAGCUUAAGGGCUUGGCUCUUGUGGAUAAGAGCUCAAGACCAGAGACUAUCUCUCUGCUGAAAGUAGAAGACUUACCUGAAGACAAUCAGGAAAGAUUCAACAGCUUAUUCAGUAUACGGGAUAAGUGGACAGAAGUGGAUAUUACUCCUUAUAUAGAAGACUUAUGUGCAGAGAAACAGACUGUUGGUGCUCUUCUGACAAAAUAUGCUCGCUCCUCAAUGCAGAAUGGUGUUAAAGUUUAUAAUUCUAGAAGACCCGUCUCAUAACAAGUCUUUUUUUAAGAACUGAGAAGACUGAAUGGAGUAACAGUGACUGCUUCUUCCUGCCUUCUUGGGAAAGUUGUCGCCAAUGAAUAUUGUAGUGUUCUGUAGUUUAAGCUUCUUGAACGAGUUUUGUUUUCUGCUCAGCUGAUUGUGAGGGCAGUGGCUUUUUCUAAGAAACCCUAGUGUCAGCAGGCCAUGCCCACCUUCCUUCACCCAUCUUCCCUUACCGAUCUCCUUUUCCCUUUGUGUCUGUAGCUAUGCUUGGAGUCAAGAAGACUGCCAUUAGAACGUAGCUGAGGAAAAAUUAAUGUCUUACAGAAGAUUCACCUUUGUUUUUUAAAAAGAAUUUCUAAAGCUUUGUAAUAAGGUUAUUUUUUUUAGAGCUUUGUUUUGGCAAAUAACUGCACAUAGAAAUUGUGGCUUGAAAACUAUUCCUUGUAGAGCAAUGAAGCAGGAUAUUUUUAUGUUAAAAAACAUGAUGUUGUAAAGUGGGAGUGCCUGAAAUCGAAGUUUUGCAAUCACUAAAAAGGACUGUUUGCAUUUGUCGGGGAACCAGAGUUUAAUAUUAGACAUUUCUCAUACUUUUUUUUUUUUUUAAACUUAACAUUUGUAGGGUCUUUUAUACAAAAAGCAUUUAUUGCAUCAAUCUCAGAUGUAAGGCAUGAAAAACUGGAAUUGGUAGCAUGCCAAAUGUGGGGUUAGCAGGGAGAGGAAAGAACUGUAAAUCGAACGUAACUCUGAAAGUGGAUGUGUGCAUCCCUGGAAUUUUGUUAUAAAAAGCUGAAUAAAAACUA